UUGCACGGCGGUAAUUUGACAGUAACGUUACUGUCUUGGCUGUUGAGAUCAUGUGGAAUAAUACUAACAGAAUAUUUUCAAAUUUUCCUCAGUUAAAAAAAAUAUUUGAAAAAUUAUCAUAUCGUCCAAUGAAUACAUUAUCAGAUGAUAUAAAUCAGAUAAUUCUGUUGGGUAAAAUUAAUUAUAUAAAUCUAAAUGAAAAUACUACUACUAAUAAUAAUAUUAUAUACGCAUCUAUUGGUUUAACAACACGUAAUACUUAUAUGACAUCAAAAGGCUAUUCAUCAACUUAUGCACAUCAUAAGUA